AUGACAGCCAUUUUGAGCGCGAAACGGGCUGUGGUGCUUGUACACGGCGCAUGGUAUGGCGGGUGGUGCUGGCGAGAUGUGGCACAGCGCCUCCAUGUGCUGGGACACCACCGCGUCUUCACCCCGUGCUUGACAGGAUUGGGCAGCAGAUCCCACCUCCUGGACCGCAACACGACCCUGAACACGCACAUUUCCGACGUCUGCAACCUGAUUGAGACGGAGGAGCUGCGAGACAUCACCUUGGUGGGCCACAGCUACGGCGGCAUGGUGGUGACGGCAGUGGCGGAUCGCCUGGCCAGCCGCAUCUCGAAUCUCUUCUUCCUCGACGCAUACACCCCUGACUCCGGCCAGUCUGCGCUCACCAUCCGCAGCGCCACGACCGCAGCCUCAGACCAGGUCGUGCAGCUUGCCAUCCCGGCAGAGGGCGAGGGCGGCACGAUUCCACCCACAUCUGCCGAGCACCAUGGCCUGCGCGGGCCCAUCUUGGACUGGGCGAACCGCCACCUCAGGCCGAUGCCGCUCAAGUGCUUCCAGCAGCCCGUGCAGCUCGAUGGGCGGUGGCUGGACGUGCCAAACAAGGUCUAUCUGCGUGCGUCUGGAUUUCCCGCGUUCUACUUUGACAGGUACCAUGACAAGUGGUCCAACAGUAGCGACUGGACGGCCAUGAAGUUUGAUGUGCCGCACAACCACAUGAUGAUGGAUCCAGACUGGUUCGUCAACAUUCUCACCAAGACCCGCUGUCUUGAGUGAGAGGAAGUGGCUGUGUCUGUGUGUGUGUGUGUGUGUGAGUGUGUGUGUGUGUGUGUGCAUGUGUGUGUAUGCGUGUGUGUGUUUUUAUGAAUCGUGUGCACGGGCGCGCUACCUGCUACUCUUCCCUCUCGCCGUUGCUUGCUUGCCCCAUGUUACCCUUAGUCCUGGUGUACUGCUCAACGUGACUGUGGUGCACAGCGCAUCGCGCAAACGUGCAACACCACACGCAUGCAGUUUGAAGCGUAACGAUAUAACCUGGCC